AUGAUCUUCGACCCAGCCCCCAUCGAGCUUCCCGCCUCGUACGAAACAGUCCCAACCACAGGCCAUGUCAAGGUCUCGCAUCAUCCAGCAGGCGCACCAUCAGUGACUCCAGUCAUAGUCGUGACUCUUAAUCGUCCCGCCAACAACAAUGCCUUUACUUCACAAAUGGUGCACGAUUUCGAAAAGUUCUUCCCCAUGUUCGACGUCGACGAGCGGGUCAAGGUCAUUGUCUUGACCGGCGCGGGCAAGCUCUUCUGUGCGGGUGCAGACUUGGAUAUUGGCUUUAGCAGCACCCGGGAGCGUCCGACUGAUCAUCGUGAUGGUGGUGGACGUGUUGCGUUAGCCAUUCAUCGCUGCCGCAAGCCUACUAUUGCAGCUAUGCAGGGCUCUGCCGUCGGGGUUGGAAUGACAAUGACACUGCCGGCUGUCAUUCGCAUCGCCUAUGAGAAAGGAAAAUACGGCUUCGUUUUCGGUCGCCGCGGCAUCAUCAUGGAGUCCUGUUCCUCAUACUUCCUACCGCGCCUGAUCGGCUUCUCGAAUGCCAGCUAUCUCGUCAGCACCGGGGGUGUAUUUCCACCAAACUCGAAGCAUUUCGGUGACCUCUUCAACGAAAUCCUGCCCGAUCCUUCGCAAGUGCUGCCACGAGCUCUCGAGCUGGCCACGGAAAUCUCGGAGAAUGUGAGCCCGACGUCGCAGUAUCUCAAUCGUGCGUUGAUGUGGCGUAAUCCCGGGACCGCAGAGGAGGCUCACCUGCUGGAAUCGGCUGUUAUUUGUCACGCCUUUGGAUCAGAGGACCAGAAAGAGGGUGUAAAGGCCUUCUUUGAAAAGCGUAAACCGACUUUCCGUGCAAAUCUCGAUGAUAACCCACCUGUUAAUGUGCCGUGGUGGACUGAGGUUGACACUGGGCGUAACCCGAAAGCAAAGACCCCGUCGAAGUUGUAG